AUGUUGGUUAGCAAGUACACUUUGUUCGUUGAGAUUGGACGCGUCGUCUUCAUCAACUUUGGCGCCUUCAGAAACAAGACUGCCAUCAUCCUCGAUGUCCUCGAUCAAAACAGAGUCUUGGUUCACGGUCCAUCCACCGGUGUCCCACGUCACGUCAUCAACUUGAAGUGGAUCUCUCUGUCCAAGUUGAAGCUCAACAUCUUGAGAGGUGCUCGCACUGGUACCCUCAACAAGGCUAUCAAGGCUGCCGAUCUCGACACCAAGAUCAGCGGACUCCGUCUUGUCAAGGCCGUCGCUGCUCAUGAGAAGAAGGCUGCCUCCACCGAUUUCGAGCGUUUCAAGGCUCGCAUCGCCAAGAAGGUCGUCAACCACAAGGUUGCUCUCGAGGUUAGAAAGAUGGUUAAGGCUGCCAACGUUGCCCGCACCAAGAAGCAGGUUGCCAACAAGAGAAAGUAA